AUGAACGGAGAAGUGAAAAUUGCCGCCUCCGAUGAUUGCGCCGCUCUGGUGGAACUUCCGUUGGGCGACGCCGCGCCGGAUUUCAAUCUGGAAAAGGCCGUCUGCAGCCACGGCCUUUUCAUGAUGUCGCCCAACCAAUGGGACCCACACUCUAAAACCUUCCGGCGGCCCCUCCGCCUUGAUGCUGACGGCGAAGAAACCUCGCGCAUGGUUCACGUCUCCCACCCUCCCGACUCCGCUCACAUGCUUCACGUCCGUGUCAUCGGCACGCGCGAUCUAACCACCCAGCAGCAGCAAUUCGUGCUGUCUCAAGUGAGGAGAAUGCUACGAUUAUCAGAGGAAGAAAACAGGAGGAUCGUUGAGUUCCAUAAAGUGCACCAAGAAGCAAAAGAAAGGGGGUUCGGGAGGAUGUUUCGAUCACCCACAUUGUUUGAGGAUAUUAUUAAGUGCAUUCUCUUGUGCAAUUGCCAGUGGUCAAGGACUUUGGGCAUGGCUCAAGCACUUUGUGAGCUUCAAGCAGAACUAAAACAUCCAUCAAAAACCGAAGUUCGCAAAUUUGCUCCCAAUACACCUGCAGGAAAAGAAUCAAAAAGGAAUUCUGGAGCUCUUAAACGAUCAAAUAAAUUAGCAAAAAAGUACACAGCGGAUAUAACAUCAGUAGAAGACGUCGAGACGAAAAUCAGUAAUUCGGAAAUAUUGAAUUUUUCUGACGAAACAGAAAAGUUAAGUCCGACUCUCAUGUUAGGACAUGUUCCUAAGUCUCAGCCUUCAGAAUGGACAGAAGGUCAUUUGGGCCCCACGAUUGGUAAUUUCCCGAGCCCGAAAGAAUUGGCGACACUUGAUGAGGACUUCUUGGCCCGGCGCUGCGGUCUCGGUUAUAGGGCACGUCGUGUGGUAAAUUUUUCUCGGGCAAUCGUUCAAGGCAGAUUUCAAUUGAGCGACCUCGAAUGUGUCGCAUGUGGUACAGUCAGCAUAUCCAAUUAUGAAAAUUUGAUUGAGAAGCUGAGAGUGAUGGAGGGGUUUGGGCCUUACACGUGCGCAAAUGUACUAAUGUGUGUGGGCUAUUACCAUGUCGUGCCUUUGGAUUCAGAAACAAUUAGGCAUUUGAAACAGGUGCAUGCAAAAAGGUCCACGAUUGAGACAGUUCAGAGUGAUAUAGAAAAUAUCUAUGGAAAAUAUGCACCCUUUCAGUUCCUAGCUUUCUGGUCAGAAAUUUGGCAGUUUUACGAGGAACGGUUUGGUAACCUAAGCCAAUUGUCUCAUACUGAUUAUAAACUGAUUACUGCUGCAAAUAUGAGACCCAAAAAAUGGAUGGGAAGUAAGAGGAAAUUAUGUUUUGUGGAUGAAAUAUGA